UUUCAGGCUUUCUCCUCUUUUUCACUCCUCCCAUCUUAACUAUCCUGUUUUCCUUAGCUUCCCUCCUGAUUUGGUCCUCCAAAGAACCGUUGACCCUGGAGCGGCCUGUGUGCGACCUCGGGUAUUUUAAAGAGGAGCUGAAAGUAAAAACUUCAGUAAUUUUGAAGUUGAAGUUUGCUGAUAAAGAUGGCGGACCCAGAUGUCCUCACCGAGGUUCCUGCAGCAUUGAAGAGGUUAGCCAAGUAUGUGAUCCGGGGGUUUUACGGCAUUGAGCAUGCCUUGGCCUUGGACAUUUUGAUUCGGAACCCCUGUGUGAAAGAGGAGGAUAUGCUGGAGCUGCUCAAGUUUGAUCGGAAGCAACUUCGAUCGGUCUUGAAUAAUUUAAAGGGAGACAAAUUCAUCAAAUGCAGAAUGAGAGUAGAGACUGCUGCAGAUGGGAAAACCACUCGCCAUAACUACUACUUUAUCAAUUAUCGUACUCUCGUUAAUGUGGUAAAAUAUAAGUUGGACCACAUGAGAAGGAGGAUUGAAACUGAUGAGAGAGAUUCCACCAACCGGGCUUCCUUCAAGUGUCCUGUCUGUAAAAGUACUUUUACAGACUUAGAAGCUAAUCAGCUUUUUGAUCCUAUGACAGGAACUUUCCGCUGUACUUUUUGUCAGACAGAGGUAGAAGAGGAUGAAUCAGCAAUGCCCAAAAAAGAUGCGCGUACACUUUUGGCAAGGUUUAAUGAACAAAUUGAGCCUAUUUAUGCACUGCUUCGGGAGACAGAGGAUGUGAACUUGGCCUAUGAAAUACUUGAACCAGAACCCACAGAAAUCCCAGCCCUGAAACAGAGCAAGGACCGUGCAGCAACUACUGCUGGAGCUGCUGGCCUGGCAGGUGGGCACCACCGGGAGGCAUGGGCCACCAAAGGCCCCUCCUAUGAGGACUUAUACACUCAGAAUGUUGUCAUUAACAUGGAUGACCAAGAAGAUCUUCAUCGAGCCUCACUGGACGGGAAAUCUGCCAAAGAGAGACCCAUUUGGUUGAGAGAGAGCACUGUCCAAGGGGCGUAUAAUUCUGAAGGUAUGAAAGAAGGUGGCAUAGAUAUAGACGCAUAUCAGGAGCACGAGGAUGGCCGUGCAGGGCCAGAUGAUAAUGAGGAGGUCAUGCGAGCACUGCUCAUUCAUGAGAAGAAGACUUCCUCUGCCACAGCUGGCUCAGUGGGAGCAGCUGCGCCUGUGACCGCUGCCAACGGAAGUGACUCGGAGAGUGAGACCAGUGAGUCAGAAGAUGACUCUCCACCCCAUUCGGCGGCUGUGUCUGUGCACCGUCGGGAAGAGGAUGAGGAGGAUGAUGAGUUUGAAGAGGUGGCAGAUGACCCUGUUGUCAUGGUGGCUGGCCGUCCAUUCUCCUACAGUGACGUGAGCCAGCGGCCAGAGCUGGUGGCCCAGAUGACACCAGAGGAGAAGGAAGCAUACAUAGCAAUGGGGCAGCGUAUGUUUGAGGACCUCUUUGAGUGAGCUUUUCCUCGUUCCUCUAAUGCUUGUUUCAAAAAGAAAUUCCCCACCUUGAAGAAAAGUGUUUAAGUUGGUUUUCUACCCUUCUUGAUGUAAAGCAGUUGUUAAUCUUGUGCAAAAAGUAAAGGGAGAGAAAGUUUGAUUUUUAUGCCAGAAGUUCCCCAGCAAGGCAGGUUGACUCUAAGCAUCCCCUUCCCUGCAUUUCCUACAGUAUUGGACUAUUUUACUGUAUUUACGUAUCUAAUUGUUUUCCUUUUUAAGAUACAUUUUUCUCUCUUGUGAAAUGAAUAGAGGGAAGUCUGUAAGGUGAGUUCUUCCUGUCCACAGAAGCCUAUUACAGUAGGUUACAAUUAAUUCACUGAUCACAUCUUUUUUAUCUGUUCUGACCAAGUGUUCCAAACAAUUCCUUAUAUUGCUGCCUACCAAAGCAGCUUGCCAAUGGGCAAAUCAUUGAUGAGGGGAAAAAAAUCCUAAAACUUCACAUUUCCUCACAAUUGGCGGUGCAGUCAAUAUGUCAGAGGUGGGGGGUUGGGGUGGGAGUAUGUGCAGAGGAGAGAUGGAUAUGCCUGAAUCUCAUGAUUAAUAUCAAUCCACAAUUGUGUCUUUAGAACUGACCAUACUGGUCGAUUCUGUUGUUUUCCUUAAUGCCUUUGGUUUGGUGUUGGGUGAUAGAAAACAGAAAGUGCGCUUGGUGAAGCCUUAUGAAGAAAUUAGAAACAAACACGAAUUUACAACGAGGAGUCCAUGUAAAGUGGUAAAGAGUGGAGAGCAUUGGGGGCAGUGCCUUUUGAAUGGCCUGAGUGGGUGAGGAUUUGGAAAUCAUUUAUGUAAAGCUGAGAUUGCCCACCGCCCCACUCCUGCAUCUCUUGACACUACUACACAUUGUUUAAUGAGGCUGUUCUAGAAAUUGGCGUAGAAUAAUUGAUUACUCCCCUUCCUCUCUUUCUCCAUCAUCGAAGGCCUUUUCUGUCUGUCCUUAGGUUCUCAUCAGACAUGGUAUUUUAGAGCAUAUCCAGUGUAUUGUUGAGCAUUGUAACCUUGAGGAACAUAGUUUGUUUUUGGUUCUGAUAAGUAGUAUGGUAUUAUUCCCUAAGGUAGAACUUUAAAAAUAAAAAAACCUUUCAUACAGGGGUCUAUAACAAUUGUAUUUUUUGUAAUAUUUUCCCUUGAAUUGUAAUUUCUAAGUAUUUAUCAUUUUGUAGUACAUGCGUGAAGUUAAGAUCAUACUUUAGAAUAUCUGAGCCUUGUGUGAAGUGACGUUUCAUUUACCUGGGUUGUAUUAAUGACUGAAUAUUGACAAUAAAUCUAUUUUAUACUGAUUGAAAUUUGUUAAUUUCUAGCUCUGUAACAUCUUGGAGCAUAAUUAAAAUGAAUUCUCUUCCCAUUUAAAAAAAUGUUUCAGACCUUUUUUCUCUUAAUAAUAUUAUUUAAGAUAAUAGAGGCAAUUUUAUGUGGUCUAAACUUUUUCUGCCAUAAGUUGCCUUAAGAAUAAUCUUUAUCUAACUUGUACACGUGAGACCAUUCAACUUUUAAACCCUAUUUUUUAAACUUUCAUAGUUAUAGGAAGAAGUUUUAUUUAAAUAAAAUGGUAAUCAAAUGUUAAUUUUUAAAAUGUGAUUAUAGGGGAACUGUCAGAGCUCUUUAUUUCAAUGAAUAAAUGUUUCUCACUAUUUUUUCUUGAAUCUAAUUCUGUAUAUUCUACUUCCUGAAGCUACUGUUCUAUUUUUCUUUCCCAUUACUUAACAGCUUCUUUAAAAAUCAUGUGUAUUAGUUGAGUAUUUCUUUCGUCUCCCCCUUGAAAUCUGUUUUUUGCCCUAUUAUCACACUGAAAGAGCUUUCUGUAGUCCUAACUGUUCAACCUAACAGUGCUUUAUUCCUCUUACUCUUUGGCCUUUCUUCAGUAUUUGAUGCUAUCAACCCAUCCUUUCUCCUGGAAACUUUUUUAUUUAGUAUCCUAGUCAUUACACUGGCCUGGUCCUCUACCUCAGUGGCUCUUCCUGCUUAUCCUCCUUCAGACUUUAUUUUCCUGUGCUGUAUGUGUGGACAUACUUUAAGGCCGAGGUUUUUCUUUAUUCUUUUUUUUUACCCUGUGGAAUUUAUGUUAUGGAUAAAUGUCACAAGUGAAGACAAGAGUUUGAAUAAGGAUAUGCAUUGCAGCAGUGUUUGAAAUAGAAUAAAAUAGAUC